UUGAUUAAAUUUUCUCAAUUGUUGUUCUUAUCCAGCUGAGUUGUCGACUUUGAAAAAGUUUAAUAGGAUUCCAUUCUAUAAGAAUGCAGAAAUUUCAGGACUCUCGCGAUCGCGGGGUCGAGGAUGCAAGUACUAUUUCGAUGCGUAUCUGCCAGGAGGGGCACGCGAAUGCGUUGGCAUUAAAUAAGGAAUGUAACCAAAUUGCUGUUGCGGGCAGAAGUCUCUUAAAGGUCUUCGCGAUUUAUAGCGAUGGCUUUACGGAAGUGUGUAACAUGCGCGGUGGUAAAAAUCAAAAUCUUAGCUAUUCGUCGAACGAUGUGGCGUGGAGCUCAUUGGACAGCAACAUAUUGGCCACAGCUGCAACGAACGGUGUCGUUUCGGUAUGGGAUCUUAGUCGCUUCGGUCAGAAGAAACAACUGCAUGUUUAUAAUGAGCAUGAGCGCACUGCACAUACAGUUGCCUUCGACAUUCACGAUCCCCAUAUACUCGUGUCGGGUUCACAAGAUGGUACCAUCAAGCAAUUCGAUAUACGCAACGAGAAAUCAUCAUAUACCUACUAUAGUAAUUCAGAGUCUGUGCGUGAUGUUAAAUUUAGUCCACAUACGCAAUAUGUGAUAUCAGCGGUUUCAGAAAAUGGUACCGUCCAACUGUGGGAUUUACGAAAAGGCGACAAAAGUAUUUUGCAGUUUACAGCGCACAGUGGACCUAUUUAUACGUGUGACUGGCACCCGUCCAAAAACUGGCUGGCCACCGGCAGUCGCGAUAAGCAAAUAAAAGUUUGGAAUAUGGAUGGAAAGGCCUCACUGGAGCACACUAUACAUACGAUCGCAGUGGUGGGCAGAGUAAAAUGGCGGCCAGAUCGAACCUAUCAUAUAGCCAGCUGCGCACUAGUAGUCGAUUAUAGCAUCCAUGUCUGGGAUAUACGUCGACCCUAUAUACCAUUUGCUUCGUUCAAUGAUCACACAAAUGUCACCACAGGUAUCGCUUGGAAGGGUGACAAUUCUCAGCUUUUACUUUCCACCAGCAAAGACUCGACUAUUUAUAGGCACGCAUUUAGGGAUGCCGUGCGUCCAGCAUUAAAAGCAAAUGCGCAAGGUGCUAGUUUGGGAUAUCGCGGAGAUAUUUCUUUUGCGCGAAAAAUCAAAGCUAUUCAUGCAGAGUCGGCUGCACAAAGCUCUAAAAUGAAUUCACUAACCAGUCGUCAACGUUCCACGAACACCGAAGAGCAAUUUCAUUUGGCACAGUCCGAUGUGUGCCAGUUCUUUCUCAAACCAUCGUACACCGGAUAUUCAGCUAAGGUUGAAGUUACGCAUUUGAAAGAGCACGAAUGCUUUAUUGGCUGCGCGAAGGAGCUUAUUUUGACUGGUAGGAAAUUAUCAGACAUCUGUGAGCACAACGGUAGUGUAACAAAAAAAUACGGCAAACACAAUGCAACCACUUUAUGGAAUUUUAUUAAGGUGCUGUAUGGUACCAGCGAAUUCAGUAAGCAAAAGUACGAGAUACAUCGCAACUCCUUUUCGAAUCAGAAAAGUGUGCAAUCCUCACGCCGCCCCACACAAAUAACGAACGCGCACGAAGUGCUACAGUGGGAUCGUAACGAACACAAUGGCAAUAGUAGCAACGAUAACAUAGUCGAUGUGGACGUGCAACUGGAUAUCGACGCGUCUAGUGGCGUUGUUGGCGUCGGUGUGGGGAGCGGUAAACAAAAUUAUCCACCCUUCGGUUCUGUGAUAAUCUCCGAAACGCAAAUACUUAAUGAGAUAACAUUCGACAAUUUUGAUCUUUUACGUGAAGGUUUCAUAUACGUGGGACCACCAGACUUUUCCAAAGUGCAUUCACAUCAAGAAACACUAUUACAUCAUGACGUGCAAGCGGCACGCCCUCAAUUAGACUUAAAGGCUGAAUGCAAAGAGAUUUCACCGCCACCCAAUAUGCCGAGUGUGCUAAAGGUGACAACGACGCCUGCCAUUCCCAUUUGGGAGCCACACCAAUUCGUUGCCGAAUCCAUAAUGCUGCAAGGCGAUGUGGGCGAUGUGCAAACUGCCAUUUCAAUACUCAUCGCUAUGGGUGAGGCGCGCAAACUACUACAAAUCGAUGACGCACUAAUUGAGACGUGGUUCCAGGCAUACAUUGACCAGUUGCACCGCUACCAGCUGUGGAAUGAGGCUUGCAAAGUGGUCAAUCUUACGUGGCUGCGUUCAGUGCGCGAGCUGAAUCAACAAUCCACCUCAGUGCAUACGAAUUGCGGUGAAUGUGGGCGUCCGUUGGGCGGCAGUGUGGGUUGGUACUGCCAAAAAUGCAAAUCGAUGCAGUCGUCAAAAUGUUGUGUUUGUGGUCUGAUUGUGCGCGGCCUUUAUGCCUGGUGCCAAGGCUGCUCGCACGGUGGUCACUUGGAACAUAUUAUGGACUAUUUCGCCAAUCACUUUAAAUGUCCGAAAUGCGGUCACUUGUGUGAAUAUAAUUAGAUUAUUUCGUU